GCCCCGCGGGCUGAGGCCGCGCCCGCCCCGUACCCUCUCCCGGUGCGCCCUCCGGUCCUGCCGCCGCCAUGGCGCUUAUCGAGGGCGUCGGCGAUGAGGUGACGGUGCUGUUCGCGCUGCUGCUGGCGGCCGCCGUGCUGGGGCUCGCCUGGGCCUCCACGCGCGCCCCCGAGCCCGCGGCGCCGCCGACUGAGGCGGCCCCGAGCACGGCCCCUGCCGAGCGCAAAGCUCCGAGCCCAGCCCCGGCCCCGGCCGAGGAAGCGGCGGCCUCCGAUGAGGCGGUGGGGCUGCGGCACCGGAACCCUCCCGCGGCCACGGCCGAGGGCCCCGCCGAGCCCACGCUGGUGCUGCGGCUCAAGUUCCUGAACGACACGGAGCGCCUGGCGCGGGUGCGCCCCGGGGACACCGUCGGUGCGCUCAAGAGGACCUACUUCCCCGGGCAGGAGCAGCAGGUGCGGUUGAUCUACCAGGGGCAGCUGCUGCGUGACGAUUCGCAGAGCCUGGCAGGGCUGCACCUGGGCCACCUGAGCGUCCUGCACUGCCACCUGUCCCCGCCCAGCGCGGCCCCCGCAGCCCCCAGCACCCCCGGUCCCCGCAGCCCCGCACCCGCCGCGCUGGGCGUGGGCAGCCUGGCACUGCCUCUCUUCGUGCUGUUGCUGGCCCUGCUCUGGUACCUGCAGCUGCAGCACCGUCACGUCUUCACCGCCACCGCCACCACCUGCCUGGCUGGCCUCACCUUGCUCGUCACCUUCGUGGCCUUCGCCAUGUACCGCAGAUAGCGCGGCCUAGACCAGCGCCUGGCACACGGGGACCUAGAGCCACGCCUGGGACACUCAGAGCCUGCCCAACCCACCUGGGACACAGGGCUCUGCGUUCAGCCCAAUCGACAUAUCGGGGACAUGUGGGGGCUGCCCACUGCACCUCAAGUGGGGGGCUGGGCCCUGGGCUGUGUCCCCCACAGGCCCAGGAGCCUCCAGCAGGCGCCCACCCACACCCUGUCUGCACACAGGGGCUGUUGCGGGAGUGGUGGCUCAGCUACCUCGGGGGGGUCCCAGUGCCCCCGUCCCUGCACGGAGCAUCCCCCAGGCACUCUGCCUGCGGAGCUCCUCAGGUGCGGUCCUGCUCGGGGGGAUGUCCGUGCCCGCGGAGCUGCUCCUCCUGGGAAUGCAGUUUGGCUGCUCCUGGUGCACGGGGAAGGACACGAGCCCAGGGAUGCCGAGGGUCCUGGUGCCGGCGGGAUGUGCUCCUGAGGUCCCGGUGCUGGGGGUGGCCGCACUCCCCACUGUCCCGGGGGUUCCGAAGCUGUGUUGGGGGUCGCACCCCCCAGCGCCGUUCCGAUUAAAGCGGAAGGACUGUGA